AUGACACACAAUUUUUCAAUUCUUGUUGUUGAGUUUUUCGUGCUUUUUGGUUUAACAAGACAUUUACAGCUGUUUGAUCACGAAACUGGUAAAAUACUAACCACCGAUUGUCUGGACCCAACACAGUUAGAAACAUCAAUCAUACCAUCGAUCACUAAUGAUAAUGACAUCGUGAUUUUCGAAACAACACGUGUAAGAUUGCGUGAUGGUGUCGAGCUUGCAGUUGAUUAUCUUGUUGUAUCAAAUACUGGACGUUUCCCAGUGAUUCUCGAACUAACACCCUAUGGACGUGGACCUGAUAGAAUCAAUUAUCGGUAUGAAGCAUCAUAUUGGCGCAAACAUGGCUAUGCGUUUGUUAUCGCUGAUUGUCGUGGUACAGGUGACUCAGAUGGUGAAAUGGCAUAUUUUAGUCGUGAAGGUCAAGAUGGAUAUGAUCUGAUCGAAUGGAUUGCAAGUCAAACAUGGUCCAAUGGACGUAUUGGAAUGCGUGGUUCUUCCUAUACUGGUACUAAUCAAUGGUUUAUUGCGCGAGAGCAACCACCACAUCUCUCAUGUAUCACACCUAGUGCUACACUAGGUCGUCCAAUGCAGGACAUUCCAUAUUUUGACGGUGCAUUUGCAGUGGCUUGGGCGAUCAAUUGGAUUGGUUUUACUUUGAAUAUUAACGUCUUAAUAGUAAACCAGUCGCAUCCUGAUCCUAUGACAUGGUUAAAUCAUCGGCCGCUUCGAACAUUGGAUGUCUAUGCAACAGGAAAAAAGUUGUUACUUUACCGGACGUUUCUUGAUCAUCCAACAUACGAUCAUUUCUGGCACAGUAUCGAUUUCAGUCCCUACGAUUUCGCGCGUAUCAAAAUUCCAUCGCUUGCUUUCACCGGUUGGUUCGAUGGUACAAUGUAUGGCACAAUCUGGCGUUUCCAAGGAGCACGUUCUUAUGCACCCAUAAGUGAUGAUCACUUUCUUAUCAUCGGUCCUUACACACACAGCAAUGCACCUGAUGGUGGCUACGAUUUUCGAACAGGAAAGGCGAUGAGAACAGUUGGAGACCUUCCUGUUGCCAAAAAUUCACUACUACCGGGUUUAAAUAUGACACAUGAAUUCUUUGAAUGGUGUUUGAAAGAUGAUCGGCGGCCUGUCUGGAAACCAGUUAAAUUUUACAUAACUGGAAGCGAUCGAUGGAUGACUCGAAAUGUUUUUCCACCGCCGGAAGCUCGCGAGGUAUCAUUAUUCUUGGCAAGCAAUGGGUACGCCAACAGUAUAGUAGGGAAUGGUCGACUACAAUGGGACAUGCCAAGUACUGCUGCAACUGAUUCUUAUCUAUAUGACCCCACCAAACCAGUGAUGAGCAGUAUAAAUAAUAAAUCUAUUGGUCUUCCUAUAGAUAUUAACCCAUAUCUGGAUCGCGAUGAUAUUCUUGUUUACACCAGUGAGCUAUUGAAUAAAUCCAUUACGGUAGUUGGUGAUAUUGUUGUUGAACUAAUGAUCUCGAGCACGGCAUGCGAUACCGAUUUUGUGAUCGAAUUAAUGGAUGUGAUGACUGAUGGACGUUCGAUUAAACUUGGUUCUAAAGCUGCAGGUCAGCUUCGCGCACGUUAUCGCGAUGGUGUCAACCAAGAAAUAUUGAUGUUGCCCAAUCAGACUUAUCUCAUUCGUAUUGAUUUGCAUGCUAUCGGACAUACAUUUCUUCCACAACAUCGUAUUCGAUUAGCAGUUAUGAGCAGUUUUUUCCCUUGGAUCAGUGCAAAUCCAAAUACUGGUGCACCAAUUGCUUCGGACUUACAAAAACCAAUCAUAGCAAAUCAAACUAUUUACCAUGCCCCGCACCAAACAUCUCGCAUUCGUCUGAUGUUGAUCGACAAUCCGCAGUUUGAUGAAUAA